GGUAACAUCGAAAAAUGUAAGUCAUUGGUCACAAACCAUAACACGACGCGCGCGCAUCGGUCGUCGCGCGGUUCAACUCGCGGAUCUUCGGAAUUCGGAAAAUCACGGAAAAGUGGAAGCCGACAGUAUGCGGACGCGAGUGUGCUUAUGAAAAUUGGAAACAGUGUUUUUUGAAAGAAACGGAAGAAUAAACAUAUUUUCUAAAUUUCAGUGGAUCGAAUGCUGCCGAUGAACCAUGGCGUUCAACACGACUCGAGAAGCCAAGUUGAUGGCGAGAAGAAGACUGAUCAUCGCCUUUUUUGCUGGAGUGCUGAGCAUCAUCAUAUCUGCGAUAUUGAUGUCCGUCAAUCCUGUCCAUAUCAUAGCUAAGUUUCAAACUCGCAUAGCCCCCAACUCCCUCCCAUACCACCUACUCCAGUCCGAGGUGGAAGGGGUCCACGUGAAGGCGUACCUCUUUAACGUGACCAACCCCGUGGAGUUCCUGAGCGGGAGGGACCGUAACAUGAAGAUGCAGGAGAUCGGUCCUUUUAGCUACAAAGAACUUCGCUCCAACGAUGAUUUAGAGCUGGACCUAGAAGAAGGUGUGGUGCGAUACACGCCCAACGUCAAUGUAGUGUUCGUUCCUGAAGAGUCUAUCGGACGCCCAGAGGACAUCAAUGUCACCAUACCUAACAUUGCUAUGCUGAGCAUGACGGCCAUGAUGUCCUCAUACCCAUUCUGGACGCGGCUCGGCUACAACGCCUUGCAGAAGCAGGUCAAAUCACGAGCGAUCAUAACUGUCCCGGCACACGAGUACUUAUGGGGGUACGACGAAGCCCUCAUCACGGUGGGUAACACGUUCAUGCCCGGAUGGAUACACUUCUCCAAGAUGGGGCUCAUGGACAGGUUAUACGACAAGACGGUCACAAACCGACUGGUAGUCGGUGCGACAGAUGCUGACAAGUUUGAGAUUAAGUCCAUGAACGGGAUCAGUGGACUAAAACCUUGGGGAUACGAGGAUAGUAAGACCAGAACAAAAUGCAACAGCUUCACCAACGCGUACGAGGGCGUGGCUUACCCAGAUGACAUGACCCCUGACAAGGAAAUCCGGAUCUUCCGGAACGUUCUAUGCCGGUUCCUGGAGCUGGACUACCAGGAGCAAAUCACCAUGGACUUCGGAGCUGAUGCGUUGGUGUACAAGAUUAGUAAUCGGACGUAUUCACCAGGGAAGGACAACGAGUGUCUCUGUGGAAAGGGGAUCUGCAUGGACGGGCUGUCGGAUCUCUCGCCGUGUUUUUAUGGUCUGCCUCUCGCCAUGUCCAAUGCGCACUUCCUGAGGGCGCCUCCUGAAAUGUACGAGCGGAUUGAGGGCCUUAAACCGGACGAGGCCAAGCAUGGAGGACGGUUUCUCAUUGAACCACAAAUCGGAGCCGUAAUAGAGACAGAGUUCGCAGUGCAGGUAAACAUCGUGAUGGGAGACGUCAGCUUCAACGAUGAGGCGAAAGCCAUGUCCGGCAUGGUUGUGCCCGUUGGAUACUUUAAAAUUAUACUCCCAGCUCUGCCUGAACACACCAAAGACCAGUUAAACCUGAUGUACAAAACCGGACCCGCGAUCUUCUUAGCCGUCGAGAUAUCAUUGUAUAUCCUCGGCACCCUUCUCAUCGCCUAUUCCUUCGUCCAAGUCUGUAGAACGUGGCUCUGCGCUGAUGAAAGGGCUAUUGAGUACCAGACCCCGAGUGAUUUGAAGAAGGCGACGAUACUGUGCGUUCCGUUGAUGGACUUUGAUUCUAAAAGCAAUAGUUUCAUGUGAUAGUUGAGGACGGAGCUGUGUCAUCAACAAGACAACCAAAUGUAAUGCGUCCAGAAAUCGAACAUCGAAAAUCGAUCCUCUCUAUCGCUCUUGCAUUAGGGCGAUAGAGAUACCGAAAUUUCGAUUUUCGUUGUUCGGAGUUAAGGCCUUUAGGAGGCAGGGAACCUUAUGGGUGAAAUACGUGAAAGUAAAGUUGAAGAAAAUUAUUAGUUUUUCGGCAACGCAUGUUUUUUUUGCCGCAAUUCAUAAAAAAUUGUGAGGUCUUUAUAAGGUAGUUGUACUGCCUCACUGCGCAUAAUCGCCGUAACUGCUAUAAGCAAGCAAAGCGGAGGCAAAUCUGACAUAUUUGGUGUACAGCAGAUUUGCAUAGGGCUGUAAUAGAUCUUGAGACUAUAUUUAUGUUUUUUACCAGGUGGGACUGAAACAGGAGCAAAUAUUUAAACAGGUAGAAAUCUUGAUAUUGCAUGUACUUAGUUCAAAAUUAACUGAAGAUUUUUUUUUCGUGUUACAUCAAGACCACACCAUGUUAGGCAUAGUAUACGUUGGUAGGUGCUAGCUGUAGCAUAGAACUAUAUCAUAGUCAUAAAGGUGCGUUUUAAUGUUUGUCAAGCAAGCCACAUAGGGACAGCAUGUGACUUUUUGCCAUACAGUCGAAGGCAAAAAUAUCGAUCCAGACAAAUGGCUCAAAAUAUGUAAACACGACUUUAUUGUAAGGUGUAAGAGCGUACACAUAUUUUUGAAACUUUGAGAAUGUAUAUAUAUUUAUGCCCUUGACUUGACUGUACAUGAUAACUGAUGUGGUAUCUAAAAGUUUUAUAAAUUGCGAAAUUUCGACAUGGAAUAAUAAAAUAAAUAGGUACAUUAUCUAUAAUAUUUUAGAAAUCUUUGGAUACUUUCCGCAAGUUACAUAUCUGUAAUAAAAACGCACUAAAAUAUUUAAAGGGUCUUUUUCAAAAAAUAUGUCUGCUGUCUAAUUGCCGCGACCCAUACAAAAUGUAUGGAAAGAGUUGUGGCAAUUAGACGCAACGGCAGACAUAUUCUCAGAGAAUGACCAUAAAAUGUAUCUAAUACAGGGUUACACCGUUUUGCUCAAGCAGUGAUACUUUCCACUAGAAUAAAUAAUAGUAUUUGUAAUUUUCGUAAAUUCGUAAAUUUAAUUUUAAUUUACAAGGGGAAAUGCGUUUUUUAAGGAUUUUAAGUAUUUAAUACUGAUCCAUUUAAGUUAUUUUAGGGUGUAGGUAUUCCUAUCUGUCCCCGCCCCACGUGAUCAAGGUGGGGAGAGAUGGGAAUACAAAUUAAGAAAUAAAUAUUACUGUGAUAUGUGGUGGCACGUAAAACAUAUUUAAAAUAUUUCUGUGUUCAUUAAUAGACUUUUACUACCUAUAGAUUACUAUCUAGAUAAAAUAUUAUAUUUGCCAUCAUCACAAAUAUUUAAUUCGUUUGCAGAUUGUGUUAUAAUAAAAUAACACAUUGUAUAAAUUUCGUAUAAUUGCCAAUUUCUUGCGAAAAUUUCUUUAUUAUACAGAUUAUAUUAUAUAUUUCUUUGUUUACCAUAUUUUAUCGAUUGUUGAACAAAUGUCCUGUUUUAAUUAAAUACGAAUUCGUAAAUAUUAUUUUAAAUACGUCCUCACACUCCAUGUAAAUAUUAUAAGUAUGUAGGGUUUUUUUGGGUUCGGAUUUAUAUAAAUUGCAUUUUAUACAAUUUUAAAAAUAAUAUGUUAACAAAUAAAAAAAGGAACAAUGGUACAAAAAUAUGCUUUUGUAAAUAAAUAAUUUAUAAUAUAAAAAUUACAUCUUUCCAUUACAAAACCUCAUCGGCGAUAAAUAAGUGUAAAUAUGGAGAUCAAUGGAGA